CUUGGAGUUUUGAGAGUACUAGAGUGAUUAUGAGUGUUGGGUUUGCGUUGCAGUGGAAUAUGAACAAAGUUAGUACGCGAAAUCAGUGAAGAAGAUGGAGUCUUUUGCCAUUGAAAUAGAGUUGUAGUUGUCGAAAGAGUGGAUGUUGCAGCCGUUGAAAGAGUGGAUGGUGAUGAUUAAUGAAUUUUCAUUGUUCCCAAACUGUGAUCUAUCAGUAAAGCACCAAAUUAUCAUCAAAACAACAGUAUCCAACUCUCUACUUGUUGGAAUUUCGUCGAACACAUUUAGGUGUCAAACAGGUAUAAGAAUGGAUGAUUUUAUUGCAAGCAAUGGUGAGCGUCCAAGGACUACAUGGACACCAUCAAUGAAUCGUUAUUUCCUUGAUUUAGUAUUAGAACAAGUUCGAAGAGGGAACAUGACUGAUCAGGCACUUCGAAAACAAGUAUGGGCACACAUGACAGCAUUAUUCAAUGAGAAAUUCGGGUUUCAAUAUGACAAAGAUAUACUAAAGAAUCGUUUCAAGAGUUUGCGAAGGAAAUAUAAUGAGAUUACUACUCUUCUCAACAAUGGUUUUCAAUGGGACCGAACGAUGCAGAUGGUGGUUGCUGAUGAUAAUAUGUGGGAUACUUAUGUCAAGGCACACCCGGAUGCAAGGUCUUAUAGAACUAAAAUCACACCGUUCUAUGAUGAUUUGUGUAUGAUAUAUGGUGGUUCACCUAUUGAUGAGAAAGUUACUAACAUGGGUCAUGAUGAAGAUAUGGAGGAUGAUUCUUCGAGUGAAAUGUCCAGGGAAACACCUGCAAUUGAAGAAGAUCCAGCUUAUGAUAUUGAGAACUCCUCACAUGCUGAUGAGGAAGGUCUUUUGCAGAGAAGCAAAGAAGGUACUGAAAUAGCUUUUUGUGAGGUAGAGAACAUGGGUCAUUCUUCAGAAACAUCGAACCAGCAGAACGAGAAAGUGUUAUCUGUCCAAGGGGGUUUUGCCACAGAAGGAUCGUCAAGUGUAGUGCUGACUGGUGAUGCAUAUCGUUCUAGGGUCAGUUGGACACCCCCAAUGGACCGUUACUUUAUUGAUCUUAUGAAGGAUCAUGUCUAUCAAGGGAAUAAAAUUGGGCGUACUUUCUCGAAAGAGGCAUGGAUGCACAUGAUUGCAUUGUUUAGCGACAAAUUUGGAGCUCAGUAUGACAAGGAUGUAUUGUACAAUCGUUUCAAAACCCUGAGGAAACAGUAUGUUUGUAUUAGGAGCCUUCUUGCCCAUGGUGGGUUUGAGUGGGAUACAACACUGCAAAUGGUCAAAGCUGAUGUUCAUGUCUGGGAUGAUUACGUCAAGGCACACCCAGACGUCAGGCAAUACCGAGUCAGGCCUGUGCCGCAUUACAAAGAUUUGUGUACAAUAUAUGGUGAUACAAAUAUUAGUAUAAGAAAUAGCAAUCUUGGCGGAGAUCCAGUAGUCAAUGUUCAGGAAGUCUCCUCAUAUUUGAAUGGUGAUAUACUUAAUCAGCACAACAAACGUCUACUUAAGUCGCCAACAGGUUCUGGAUACUUUAAGAAACUGAAGAACACAGACCAGAGCAUGAUUGAUGCAAUUCUUGAGAUGGCGAGUGCAAUCACUUCGUUAGCAGAGAAGACCAAAGAAACAAGUGACUCCGUCUCAAUAGAAACUUGGAUGGCUGCACUUCGUGCUUUGCCAGACAUAGAUGAAGAACUGUUUUUAGACGCUUGUGACUUUUUAGAGGUAGAUGCAAAUAGAGCGAAAACCUUUGUUGUUUUAGAUGCAAGUCUACGAAAGAAGUGGUUGGAAAGGAAACUUCGCUCUUCGUAGGCCGGGGAAUGUGUAUUAUUCUCAUGAAGUUGUGUUAUGGAGGAACAGGUAAUUAGAUGUUUAAGACUUUCGUUAAAUGAUUUUGAUUCUUACUAUACAAAUGCAGUCUUCUUAAUCAUUGAGAACCUUUUCUUGGA